CCUUAACUGUACAAAACAGCGACCUUAACUGACCCCGCAGCGCCCUCCGCAAACAAAGAUCUUUUUUCUUUAUUCAAAGUCCAAGACUGAGGGAUGUUUCUCCAAUUCUUUGUCGCUGUCGUCUUGGCGAUAAACGGUUGCUAUGGUGACGGUGCGUGUGAGGAGGUCAUGGUGCCGAUGUGUCGGGGGUUAGUGGGGUACACCCAUACCCGGCUCCCUAAUAGAUUCGGCCACACCACACAGGUACAAGUCUACAGAGCUAUUGAGCGGUAUUGGCCAUUUAUGGACAGUGAUUGUCACAAGAACUUCCGGUUGACGGUUUGUGGCACAUUCCUACCGAAAUGCUCGCCGGGAAGCAACACGACAGAACUUCCAUGCCGAGAGACUUGUUUCAGCGCAAAGCGAGGCUGCAGCAAAAAACUCAAACAAGGCGGAUCUAAAUGGCCCAACAAGCAGCUGAAGUGUAACAGGUUCCGGCGGAAGAGACAGGGAUCCUGUCUGAAGCCAGUCCCCAGGCGACUUACACCGAGGCCGCUCCGAUACGCCUACUGCGAGCGCAACACAUUCAGCGUGUGUGAAAAUCUAUCUCCUCCCAUACGAACAUUGCCUAAUAUGUUCCUCCAAAGUGACGAACGGCUCAUUGAAAUCGAGAUGAACCAGUAUAGACCACUUCUACAAACCCAGUGCCACGAAAAUCUGCAGUUCCUGCUGUGUGGGACUUUCGCGCCAUUUUGUCAAAGUGACCAACAACCCUUUGUGCAGCCUUGCCGUGAAACAUGUGAAGCGGUAAAGACGGCUUGUCUAGAGACUUUCCGAGGGUUGUAUGGCGGUCUGCCUUGGCCUGCCAAACUACAAUGUCAUCGAUACCCCUCGGGAGGGGCCCAGAGCUUGUGUGCCGCGCCAAAUGACGCGGAAUCCAUAUUACAGAAUUAAUUCAUGGAAAACGGAAAAUUUAUUAAUUUUCUGUUAUAUCACGUAACCUUUCAAGAACUUAGAACUGUCUUGAUUUUUUUUUGCAUGUAUCAUGUUUUAAGAGAUAUAUAAGCGAUAUACAUGUAUUGAGUUUGAUAAUUAUAUGUGCUUGCACCGAAGUCAUAUAGAGCAACGCAUUAUCAUUCAACUCACAACUUAGAAAACACAAACCAGAUGAAAAAAACUCGUUUUAGAGUAACUUAACCUCACGUGAAAACUAAUUGUACAUUUAUGUUGAGUUAAUCUUUGUGAAAAGAAAAGUCAACUACCAUAAUUGACUGUACAUGUACUGAUGUACACCAAUUCUUGAGGACGACAUUGUCGUGCAUUUCAAUCAUGUAUAUGUAUCUAUGAUUUUGAAUCAUUAAAGUUGACUUUACGA